CUAGCCAAGGACCCUUGCUGCCUAGCGAGGCACUAGCUAAGUACUUUGGUCCCCGUAAGAGCUCUGAGAGCUUAGUGUCUCGGCUGAAUCCCCCUGUUUUACAAGCUGAGAAACUGGGGCUUAGGGACGUGGCCGCGCUCGGUUUGGUGGUGAUCUGGCCGGGCUGGACUCAGGAGACCUUCCUCUUAUCUACUAGGACGUGGGUCAGCGACUUGAACUUGGGACCCGUUUAUUUCCUUUGGGUUGAAAAUAAAAAACCCUUUUGCUGAAGGAACACGUUUGCUGGUAUAGUUUCACAAUGUCAAGUACUGUGUCUUACUGGAUCUUAAAUUCUGCAAGGAACAGCAUUGCCACAUUACAAGGGGGCAGGCGUUUAUAUUCAAGGUAUUCCUCAAGUAGAAAUAAAUCAAAAUGGACGCUCUUUUCCUGGGCACCAACCACCCUAAAAAACAAUGCCCAGUGUAGUAGCUUUGCUCUGCCAAAAGCCUAUAGACACACAUCGACAGAGGAAGAUGAUUUCCACCUGCAGCUCAGCCCUGAGCAAGUAAAUGAAGUGCUACGAGCUGGUGAGUCCACCCACAAAAUUCUUGACCUCGUCAGCGGAGUCCCAAAUUCAGUGUUGAGGUUUGAGAGCAACCAGCUGGCUGCCAACUCCCCAGUGGAGGACCGGCGAGGUGUUGCGUCCUGCCUGCAGACCAAUGGGCUGAUGUUUGGCAUCUUUGAUGGACAUGGCGGCCAUGCAUGCGCUCAAGCAGUAAGUGAGAGGCUCUUCUACUACGUGGCAGUGUCACUGAUGUCUCAGCAGACCUUGGAGCAGAUGGAGGGAGCAAUGGAAAGCAUGAAGCCCAUGCUGCCCAUCCUACAGUGGCUCAAGCACCCAGGGGACAGUAUCUAUAAGGAUGUCACAUCAGUGCACCUUGAUCACCUUCGGGUGUACUGGCAGGAGUUGCUUGACCUGCACAUGGAAAUGGGAUUGAACAUUAAGGAAGCAUUAAUGUACUCCUUCCAGAGACUGGAUUCAGACAUCUCGCUGGAAAUCCAGGCCCCUCUGGAAGAUGAGAUGACAAGGAACCUUUCUCUCCAGGUUGCUUUCUCUGGGGCAACAGCUUGCAUGGCCCAUGUUGAUGGGGUUCAUUUGCAUGUGGCAAAUGCUGGUGACUGCCGAGCCAUUCUUGGAGUCCAGGACGAUAAUGGCAUGUGGUCUUGUCUGCCCCUUACCCAUGACCACAAUGCCUGGAACCAGGCUGAGCUGUCACGGCUAAAGAGAGAGCAUCCUGAGUCAGAACACAGGACAAUCGUUAUGGAUGACAGGCUGCUGGGUGUCCUCAUGCCCUGCAGGGCGUUUGGGGAUGUGCAGCUAAAGUGGAGUAAAGAGCUGCAGCGCAAUGUCCUGGAGAGGGGUUUUGACACUGAGGCCCUCAACAUUUACCAGUUCACGCCCCCACACUAUUACACUCCACCCUACCUGACUGCUGAGCCUGAGGUCACAUACCACAGGCUGAGGCCCCAGGAUAAGUUCCUUGUGCUGGCCUCUGACGGCCUAUGGGACCUACUAAACAAUGAGGAUGUGGUGAGGCUGGUGGUAGAGCACCUACGUGGUGCAGGUCGACACAAGCCAGACCUGGCCCAGAGACCCGCCAACCUGGGACUCAUGCAAAGCCUGCUACUGCAGAGGAAAGCCCAGGGGCUUCACUCUGCCGACCAAAAUGCAGCCACACGUCUGAUCAGGCAUGCCAUAGGGAGCAAUGAGUAUGGAGAACUGGAGCCGGAGCGGCUGACUGCGAUGCUGACAUUGCCAGAGGACUUGGCGAGGAUGUACAGGGAUGAUAUCACUGUCACUGUGGUGUAUUUUAAUUCAGACUCAAUUGAUGCAUAUUACAAGGGAGGUUAAGAAUCUCCCAUCCUAUUGCCAAGGUUAACUUAAAUGUUCUUCUAAGAUAUUUUCACUUACUCUUAAACUGGCUAUUCAAAGCUUGCUGUUAAAAGGGCAGUCAGGUAUUGCUUAAUAAUAAACUAAUGUGUUUGUGGGGGGGGACUGCUUAAGUUUAAAAACAAUAACAGUGAUUUCAUGUCCCUGUGUGUUUUGGUCACCUCUUCUAUGCAGAGAGGACAGAACACAGAGACACAGAGUUGGCUUGGGCUCGUGUAGCCCAAAUUCUUUCAUAAAGACACAUGAAACUGUUAGCCUGAGCCCCCAAAGGGUAAAUUUAAUGAUGAUUCUAAUCAUAUGAAGAACUUCAGGAUCCUCUGAGGUUUUGCUGGACUACGAGACUAUGAAAGGGGGUUUGGUUUGUUUGUUUUUUAAAUUGCUAAGACCUAGGUUUACGAAAGAUACAGGACACUUGUCUAUGCAAUAUUCUAACUGUUUUUGUGAUUAUACUUGUAAAAACCUUUUGUAAUGCUGCAUUCUAGUUCUAUUUUAGUUUAUUUUAAAACUGCGUCUUCAAACUUGCAAACAGGCCUGCUGUCAGCAUUUUUGGAAUGACCUGUCGAUUUUCAGCUGAGGGUGAGAGGGCCUAGGCCUCUGGGCCAGUGGAAUUUACCGGUGCAACUUUUGUCCCUUCCACUGGGUUCUACCUCCUGAACCUUGGAACCACAGUAGGAGGUAACUUCUGUCUAAGCCUGAACUCCUGGCCUUUCCUGCAUUAAUAGUAUUUUCUCCAAGGUUUAAUCCUCUGGAAAUUUAGUCAUAGCACUUAACCUUUCUGUUUAUACCUCUUAAACAUUCUCCUGUUAAUUCCUACCUUUUCUAUGUGAACUCCCUUAUCCUACUGCUUCUAACUGUAAAGAAUGCUUCCAUUUCAGAUGGUUUCAGGGAAGGAGAAAACAUGAUCUCCUUAGGCAGCGCUGGCUUUUGCAGUGGAUUAUAGACUAAAGACUUAGCCUGAACUUGGAGAAAUGAAACAAGAAGAACCUGAGAAUAGUCACUAACCAAGGCCCCCUGUUGGGGAGGAGAGCAAAGGGAGAUUCGUCAGAUGGGACACUUGUCCCUAGACUGUGGAAUAAAUCACAUUGUUACUCCUCAGGAACUGGAUGGUACAGGAGUUGUGGCAGAAAUAAAUGUAACCUAUAAUAGCUUCUGUGGUCUGCACAGACUUGUGUCUGUUGAAAAAUUAAACCACAUGGUUCCUUUUUGGGAGAGGAGUUUCAUGUUAUGAAUUUGGUGGCAUUUAAACGACAGGAAAUGUGUCCCUAAAUGGAAACACAAAUAAAAUCCCACAAAACUGACAUUUUUAUCUUCCUGUACUAUAUUAGUUGAUCCUUCUCACCCUGCUCCCACGCUUCCCCAUGCCAUCACUGAAGGAAAAGCAAAUAACUAGAACUAGGACUGACUUCCUCAUUUUUGUCCAUGUCCCAGUGAUGGUCAUUCAAGUGUUGGGAUACUUCUACCUUGGGGACAUUUCCCUGUACCUUUUCCAGUGCAACUUGUUAGUGAUACAGCUUCUUCUAAGAAAUUGUUUUUUGAGUGUUUAAGCUUUGGUUCUUUUGGGUUUUUCUCUAA